CCGGGGUUGCUUGCAUGCUAAAGUUCCUGCCUGUCACAAACCGCCUAAUCCCAUUGUACCAGUCCCAAUGAAGGUGAAUGUGCAGCCUCGUUUUCUGUUUACCUGACACACCUGCACUCCCGUGUUGUUAACACACACAUUCACGUCAGACGUCCGACCGAGAGAGGACGAAAACCCAACAGCUACAAGAAUGAAGGGGCUCCCGGUGCUGUGCCUGCUCCUGUGGACGUGCGCGGUGUACUUGGUGGGCAUUUACCUCUUCGUCGGCGGGUUCCUGCUGGUGAGGCUGGAGGUGAACCGGACCAGCACCUGCGGGGACGUGCUGGAGCCCGGGGAGGAGCCGGUGGACUUCUGCCGCGCCCGGCCGCGCUUCCGCCGGGCUGUCGUCCUCAUCAUCGACGCCCUGAAGAUCGACUUCGCCCGGUUCGACCCCAGCAAAAGCGAUCCUCGACCCUACGAGAACAAGCUGCCCGUGCUGGAGGAGACGCUGUCCUCCAAGCCCUCCCAAAGCCGGCUGUACCCCUUCCGGGCAGACCCCCCCACCACCACCAUGCAGAGGAUCAAGGGCUUCACCACCGGGUCCUUACCCACCUUUGUGGAUGUAGGCAAUAACUUUGCGUCCAGUGCCAUUUUAGAGGACAAUCUCAUCCACCAGCUUGGCCAAAUGGGUAAACGAGUGGUGUUCAUGGGGGAUGACACUUGGGAGAGUCUUUUUCCUAAGAAGUUCCACCGCUCUCUGCCCUUCCCUUCGUUCAACGUCAAGGAUCUACACACAGUCGAUAACGGGAUCCUUCAGCACCUCUACACAACCAUGGUGGGUGACAGCUGGGACGUUCUCGUGGCUCACUUUCUUGGCGUGGAUCACUGCGGUCACAGGUUUGGCCCUGACCACCCGGCAAUGGCUGACAAGCUCACUCAGAUGGACCGAGUCAUCAGGUCUGUGAUUGACCGUCUGCAGAAUGACACCCUCUUGGUACUGAUGGGAGAUCAUGGCAUGACGGACACAGGAGAUCACGGUGGAGAAAGUCAGAAGGAGACAGACGCUGCCCUUUUCCUUUACAGUCCUUCUCCUAUCUUUCCAGGACCACCGUCUCAGAUGGAUCCAGAUGUGGUGCCCCAGACAGACCUGGUGCCCACCCUGGCUCUGCUGCUGGGCAUCCCAAUCCCGUACAGCAGCGUGGGGCAGGUGCUCCUACCUUUAUUCCAUCCCCCCGGCGUGGCCGGAGGUGCAGUGGGAGGUCUCAGCCAGCUGGAGGCGCUGUGGAUCAACGUAAAGCAGGUUAACCGUUUCCUGGAGACAUAUUCUGGAAUGGCCAAAGACAUUGCGCCAGAGAGCCUCUCUCAACUGAAGGAACAGUUUGCCCGCAUCUCCUCUGACUACCUCAGCUCUGUGAGGGAGGGCCGGCCCCCCUCCGCACAGCUGGCCUCCUCCCUGCAGGCCUACCUCACCGCGGUCAGAGACACCUGCCGGGCCACCUGGGCCCGGUUCAACCCCCUGAAGAUGGCGGCGGGGUUAGCCAUCCUGGGAUUCGCGUGUCUGAUGUGCUUCGUCCUGUCCGAGCUGUCCCUGCCGCUGAUCCAGGAGGCCGGAGCCGGACUGAAGGCGCCCGCCGCCGUGGCGCUGGCGGCAGGGGCCAGCGUGGCCGCCGCCCAGCUGCUAACACGGGGACACGCCGAGGCGGCGUGGUGCCUGGCGGCGGGCGCCUUCUGCUCCGAGCUCUUCUUCUUCUGGACGGCACGCCGCCUCAACGCGCCCGCCGUGCUAAAGAACGGGACCAAAGCGGGGAAGUCCGGCAGGUGGCUGACCGCGCGCCGCCUGCUGGUCCCUCCCCUCGUGGUGCCGCUGCUCCGCUGCGCCUCGCUGCUCUCGGACAGCUACGUGAUCGCCGAGGGCCGCGUGGUCACCUUCCUGCUCUUCUCCCUGGCCCUCUACAUUCCCAUCCACCUGAACUGGGACGGCCUGCUCCUGCCCCCCAGCCCCGACCCCCUGAAGACCGCCGGGCUCCUGCCCUCCCCGGCUCUGUCCCCGUCCACGGUGAGGAAGGAGAGCUGCGCCCUGCUGGCCUGCUCGGGGCUCCUGAUCGGCAGCCUGUUCCUCUCCCUGUCCUUCCACGGCUGCCGGGAGGAGCAGGGCCUCUGCCAGCCCUCGCCGUUCCUCUCCUCGCUGUCGCGGCUGCAGGACAGCCAGAUAAAGAACCUGCACUACAUCCUCUCCGUGGUGUCCCUGGGCAUCUGCACAUAUCUGCUGCGGCACUGCCUGUGCCACUACGGGAACCUCAACGCCUCCGGGGGGGCCGUGUUCGCGGCCCGCUGGGUCCUGCCGCUGCUCUCCGUGUGCCUGGGGCUGCACUGGGCGGUCAGCGCCACGCCGGAGGACAGCUUCCGCAACCUGGCCGAGCUGAUCCGGCUGGCGCAGCUGGCCCUGCCGCGCGCCGCCUUCUGCCUGCUGGGGCUGGGGCUGGGCCUGAUCUGGCUGGACCCCCUCACCGUGUUCGUGAAGGCCAGGGCGGCGGGCUCGGCCCGGGGCGCGCACCUGCCCCCGCCCCGCUACCGCGCCAGCACCGGCAUCAGCCCCCAGGCCGAGCUGCACCACCUCAUCCCGCAGAUCUACCAGCGCAUGCGCCGCUCCCUGGAGGACGGCGAGCCCGCCGGCGGCGGCGGCGAGGCGGACGGCAGGCCGGCCGUGGAGGCCUACGGACUGGGGACGGUCUACUCCGCCCCUCUGCUGCUGUUCGGGGGCCUGCUGGGAAUCGGACUGCUGCUGCUCCACCCGGAGGGCAUGGCCGCCUCCUUCCUCCUGCUGCUCCUGGAAAUGGGAGCCCUGUUGUACAUCCACGCCUCCUCCAUCACCCUCAGCGGCCUGCAGGGAGCUUAUUCAGGUGGUUUCAACGUGCCCUGGACCCCCGUCGUGCUGUGGUCGCUGGCCGCCACCCAGUUCUUUCACGCCACCGGUCACCUGCCCACAUUCCCCUCCAUCCAGUGGUCCGCUGCCUUCGUGGGCUUCCCCAACGGACACACAGGCACCAUAGUACCCGCCUCACUGGUUACCCUGAACACGUUCGCCUCACACAUCCUAUUUGCAGUGAGCUGCCCGCUGCUGCUGUUCUGGCCGCUGGUGUGCGAGGUGCGCGGGAGCAGAGGAGGCCGGGGCGGGGGGGAGGACGGGGAGGAUGCUGUGAUGGAGAUGAGACUGAGGGAAAACCCCCAACAGUUCAGCUCGGCCCUCCUGCAGCUCUCGACACGCUACCUCUUUAUCCUGGGAGCACAGGUUUUCUCCUCCGUCUGUGCGGCUGCGAUCCUCAGGAGACACCUAAUGGUGUGGAAGGUUUUUGCACCCAAGUUGAUGUUCGAGGCCUCGGGCUUCCUGAUGAGCUGCCUGUUCCUGCUGGUCGGGGUCACCUUAGUGCUGAGGGUGGACGUGGCUGUCGGCCGUUGGUUUAAAAGACUCGUCCCCGAUGCGUCCAGGUAGCAGCGACCCACCGGA